UCUAGCUGUGCUAUGUGACUGCUGGUUGACUGCUGGGUAAAUGCUAUGCAUGCAGACCAGAAUAGGGCCAGAUCCUCGACGCCUUCGUAGGGUUUUGCCUUGUCUACAUUCAUGGGCCAAUACUGGUGGGAAUGGUGUCAGGACCCUGCUGGGGUUCAUCCUGAAGUCAGGACAGGAUAGUCCGGUUUGGAUGCCUGUGCGAUGCUGUUUUCUGAUCUGGACUUAGUGAUGAGGUCAUGAAGGGAGGAGCUGUACUGAAGUCAUCAUGGAGACUACGUUAACUGCAUGGGGUGUAAUUCCCCCUCCGACCGCCGGGGGCAGUAAAAGCGCCCCAGCGCUGACACGUAAGUGGUCAGCGGAGCAGGAAGUGAGUGAGUUGCAAACACAGGCAGAGUGACAGUGGAGCGAGGAGUAAAUAUUAAUAUUAAUAAGUGAAUAACAGCUUUAUUAAUCCGCCUUCGAGGCAGCGGGGUUCCUCCGGUAUGGCCUGUCUGACUCUGCUGCUGCUGCCGCUUCUCCUGACUCUAAACGAGGCGAGGAUUCAUCGACUGUCCCUCAGCAAUGAAACCCGUUCCGUCGUUCACCUCAACACCUUCGGUUACUUCGCCAAUGGAACUCUGGAGGUCAACCUGACGUCCCUCUAUCUUACCCAAAUCAGCAAGACCAACUUCAGCACCAAUCCCGUGGGCUUCAGCCUGGCUCGGUCUCAUGUGAAUGGAGUUCUUUCUUACACAGCGGAGGAGACUGAGAAAUGCACGCUAUUAAAAACCAGAAGUGAUGAUACACUCAUUCUCUUCAUUAUUGACCCACUAACGCUCAGUGUCCAGGUAAAAUCCUUUCAUGAGGAGGAUAGCAUCUUAAUGGCUGACCAGAAAAAAGAAGUGAAAGAAACCCGGAAAAAAAGAGAUUUGGAUUCAGGGCAUACAAAAGACAAGGCUGGUGAGAACAAAGACAGUACAAACAAAGGAGAAGAGAAAAUGGUUGAGGACAAAACGACAAAAACUAAGGACGCUGCUGGACAGGAACUGAAAGAUCUUGAAGACAAGGAAAAGCUGAAGGAAGAGAAAGAUGAUGAAGACAAGAAAGAUCAGAAGAAACAGAAAGAUCUUGAAGACAAGGAAAAGCUGAAGGAAGAGAAAGAUGAUGAAGACAAGAAAGAUCAGAAGGAACAGAAAGAUCUUGAAGACAAGGAAAAGCUGAAGGAAGAGAAAGAUGAUGAAGACAAGAAAGAUCAGAAGAAACAGAAAGAUCUUGAAGACAAGGAAAAGCUGAAGGAAGAGAAAGAUGAUGAAGACAAGAAAGAUCAGAAGAAACAGAAAGAUCUUGAAGACAAGGAAAAGCUGAAGGAAGAGAAAGAUGAUGAAGACAAGAAAGAUCAGAAGAAACAGAAAGAUCUUGAAGACAAGGAAAAGCUGAAGGAAGAGAAAGAUGAUGAAGACAAGAAAGAUCAGAAGGAACAGAAAGAAGAGAAGAUAGAGGAGCACAAGAAGAGCAUUACUGAGUUUCUUUCUAAGAAGGGGAAGAACAUAAACGGAAUGAAGUUGACCCUCUUCAAGUUCAAAGACUCCUACAACUUCACAUUUCAUAUUACUAUGGGAGCUGAAGAUCAGGGCCUGUACAGUCUGAACUUCCAUAACUGCUACAAUAUGAAGCCGGGCAUUUUCAGCCCAUACUCACUCAGCGUCCACAUUACAGAGAAGAAUCCGGCUGGUUUCCUCUCGGCUGCUGAGAUUCCUCUGCCGCGUCUCUACAUCUGCAUGGCAGCGAUGUUUCUGACCGCAGCCAUAGUGUGGACAUCCACUCUCCUCAAACACCGGUACAGCGUGUUUAAGAUCCACUGGUUGAUGGCGUCUCUGGCCUACAUUAAAGCCGUGUCUCUGGUGUUCCACAGUAUCAACUAUCACUUCAUCAACACGGAGGGACGUCCUAUUGAAGGCUGGGCGGUGAUGUACUACAUCACUCACCUACUGAAGGGGGCGCUGCUUUUCAUCACUCUGGCUCUCAUAGGAACAGGUUUUGCCUUUGUGAAAUACAUCCUGUCUGACAAGGAGAAGAAGAUCUUCAUGAUCGUUAUCCCUCUACAGGUUCUAGCUAACGUGGCGUAUAUCAUCAUUGAGGAGACGGAGGAGGCCUCCAGUGAGUACGUUCUGUGGAGGGAGAUCCUCUUCCUGGUAGAUCUGAUCUGCUGUGGAGCGAUCCUCUUCCCCGUUGUGUGGUCCAUUCGACACCUGCAGGAGGCGUCCACCACAGACGGAAAAGCUGCGAUGAAUCUGGAGAAGCUGAAGCUGUUUAGGCAUUACUAUGUGAUGAUCGUGUGCUACAUCUACUUUACGAGGAUCAUUGCCAUCCUGCUGAAGGUCGCUGUACCCUUUCAGUGGCAGUGGUGCCAGGAGUUUCUGAUCGAGGUGUCCACUCUGGUGUUUUUCGUAUUGACGGGCUUUAAGUUCCAGCCGGCCUCCAACAAUCCCUACCUGCAGCUCCCUCAGGACGAGGAGGACCUGGAGAUGGACGAAGUUGUAACAGAGUCCGGGGCGUUGGAGGGAAUCUCAAAGGUGAAGAAGACAUCAAAUGGCCGAGAGAGACAGAGAGACCCCGCCUUGUGACUGUGACAUCACAAUGGGGGCGGAGCCUGGACUGUUUAACUCCGCCCCAGUUUUCCCGCCAUUCCGCCUACGGUAGACCGUGGCCUGAGCUAUGCAAGAUGAAAGAAAGCAAAAACAGAUGGACUGAGCUCUGUGUUUGUGUGAGUGUGUGUAUGUGUUUGUGUGUGUGUGUGUUUCUGUGUGUGAGUGUGUGUGUUUGUGUUUUUGUGUGUGUAUGUGU